AUGCCCCCGCCGGCCGCGCAGCGGUCCCCGCCGGGUCUCGGGUCCCAGCGCCGCGCGGGGCCGCAAUGCGGGGGCGCCGUCCGCCCGCUGCCGCCAUCUUUCCUGGCGCCCGCCGGCCCCGCCCGGAGGAUCUGCGCCAGACCCGAUGCCCCAGCUCACCUUGGCGCCGAUCUGGUUGCCGCACUGGCCGGCCUGCAGGUGCACGAUCUCCCUCAUGGCUGCUGCGGCGACGGCAGGGGCGGAGGCGACGGCGGCGGCAGCAGAAGGCCUGUAAGAAAAGCCGAAGAGCGGGCGCGCAGAAUGCUACAACCGACGCACCGCCGGCACUUAUAUACUCACCGCACCCGCCCCCGUCAGCCCGGUAUUGGGCUACUGGAACGAGGCUGGCGAGCGAACUCGUUUGAUUGGCUGAGGCCCGAUCAAUCGAGGGUCCUAAAGCCCACCCUACCAACGCCUUGCACUCUUUAUUGGUCAGCCGCGGCCUCAGCUCUCCCUAUCAAAAUGCCCCCCCUCGCUCUGCGGUGCUCUGUCCAUUGGAUGUUUCAAAUGAUUGAUUUGUCCUUUCAUUGGCUGGUCCCGGAGAGCACGCCGACAGGCUGGUGCUAUUGGCUGCGCAGGGCGAGCGUCCUGGUAACCGCCGCAGUGCCGCGGAGACUGCGAGGGCGGGGACGAGCCCUUCCGCCCGGCCGCGGAGGAGGGACGGCAGAGGGCUGGAGAAGGGCGGGCGGGCCGCGCCCCGUGGGCGAGCGCGCAGGCCCGGGCCCCGCCGUGCGCCUUCGGGUGGGCUUCCGGGCGCACCUUGGCGGGCCUCCGAGCCGCGGGGCGGUUCACGGCAGAGACACGCGGGGCUCAGGGGCCAAGGGACGGCGGCGCCGGGGCGGGCGUUUCGGUGGAGUCGGACCCUCCACGCAGAGCAGCGGAGGCCCUAGGGCUCCCUGCUCCCUUCCUUGGUCCGCAGGCUCGCACCCGUCGCGGGCAAGGGGCCGAGAGGAGAUAAGCUACAGCCCUGGCCAUCUGGAGUCAGCUGCGUGGGCGCCCCUCGAGGGCGGCCAGCUCCCUCGCGGUCUCAACGCAGGCCCCCAAGUAUCCGCUGGGGGGCAGCAUCGGCGCUGCUACACCCCCAGAUCCCUCCGGAGGCCGGCGGAACCCACUUCCACCCCCUGGCAGCCCUGGUUGGAGAGAGAAGACCACCCAUGCCUGGGCAGAGUCUGGUUUAUUUGCUAAGAAAGCCACCCGAGUGAGUCAGAAGUCCACAGCUUCUAGGAUCCCCCAGGGCACCCAGAGGUCAACCCCCU